CAAUGCUCUUGCUAGCCUUGAAGGGACGACUCUGGAUGUCUGAGGCGUGGGGGAGGCGUGGCAGAAAGUUACAUGCAAAGCGGAGUUUCUCUUCCCGUCUACACUUUACUCUGCCAAGGGAAUGGAGCAGCUCAAGGCGGAUAACACACUAGGUGCGACUUUGAAGGUAUCUCCGAAGGCGUACGAGAAAGGUGUGGCUCGGUGCAAGGCAGAACAACUGGUGGAAGACUCUCCUCUCGAAGGGCCUGCUGGAUAAAGCUGCAAUGAAGACGAGAGAGGGGCUUCGCCUGGCAAAGAAGAUUGAAGAGGAAACCGGCCAUGGUUAGAUGCAACCAGAAGAUCUCACUGCGAGGCGACGGGAGCUCCUCUUGGGAUGAUGAGAGCUCUGUUUGGGAAAAUACGGGGUCGACUUAGCCGGGCUGGAAAAAUCAGUGGGAGCUGCAGUGAGCAUGAACCACCGGUGGCGUGCACGGGGAUGAGUGCUUGGAGCAAGCAAAGCACAGAUCGUCAGCGUCUGGAAGAAGGAAGCAAUCCAGCAGUAGCAGUGGCAAUAGACGCAGCAAAAGGAUUGUUCGGUGUGUUUAUGCCCGAAGUGGCUCGAGGCCACAGCUUUUGCCGCGACAGCAUUGCCAACCAGCUUGGAUCGAGCGUCAGGAACAGGGAUGGACUUGCGAAGGCUGCCAGGAGGUGUUCCCGUUGUCGACUUCGCGGCCUUGCUCACAGCGCAGUAGAUGGACGAGCUGUGCAAAGCUUCCGUGGGACUUUUCGGGCCUUGAGCGGGGGGAGCUACAGGUUUUGUCGACUGCCUCAAGAGCUCAUUUUCUUUGCGCUUGAAACGCUCGGCUACGUACCCAGGCUAUGUACUCACGGAAGCCCAAUACAAGGCUAUAUAUAGGGCUUUAUAUCCUCU